GAGAAAAGCAGGUUUUGUUCUAAGGGGGAAGAAGCCGGCAGGUCCCUCAAGGUUGCUGCUCGACCAUCUGUGGAGGAACCCAAUCUCAUGAGCGUGGAGCCCGUGGAGAUCCAGUUCCUCUGGGAGCGGCCCUCGGCCUCCAAGCACAGGGAGAGGAAGCCAAAAAAGCCUCACUACAUCCCGAGGCCGUGGGGCAAGCCGUACAACUACAAAUGUUUCCAGUGCCCCUUCACCUGCAUGGAGAAGUCCCACCUCUACAACCACAUGAAGUACAGCUUGUGCAAGAACUCCCUCUCCCUCCUCAUCGAGUCCGACUGGCCCUACAAGAAGGGCAACCUGCUGCACCCCGAGCUGAGGCUCCUGCAGGCCACGGAGCCCCCUCGCCUGCGGGAAGGUGGCCCGUUCCAAGGGGAGGAGGAGGAUGUUGCCGGCCUGCUGAGGGAGAUGGAUGCGGGGGAGAAGAAAGAGAAGAACGAAGAGGUGGGUUGCCAAGGUGACCCAGCUGAACCAGAAGUGAACACUUUGGUCUUUGGUUUCAAGAACAAGAGGGACAAGCCUUGCAAGGAGGUGGAGCCCGACUUCAUCAUCACAGACGUCUUCUCCCUCAAGAACCACGUCAUGAAAAGCAGGGACGUGGCCUCUCCGGACCUCGAUGCCAAGCCAAAGCAUUGCAAAGUGCCAAAGAAAUGCCUGGCCAGCAGCGGGAUCCUCAUGGAGCAGUGGAAACUGGUGGCAAAUGGGCAGAGGAGGAACACACCCGAGGUCUCCCCGCCUUGCACUGACAGCAACAUCAUCCCGUGCUACCCACCUCCAGCUUACGGCGACUACCACGAACCUCAGGGCCUCAACCUCUCACUGCUGGGCAUCAACUACCCACUAAACCCCAAUCUCUUCUCCUACCUGAGCCCCACCAUGGCCAACAGUGCUACGACUCACCCACACUUGACUCAGCUGCCCUUCCUGGCCUCCACGGCCCAGCUGAUGCACCCCCACGCCUCCCACUUCCAGCCCCUGCAGAGCCCCGAGCGCUCGGCCUUCCUGCCCCGCUUCUACUACCCCUUGCUCUUCGAGCACACCUUCGGCUCUGCUGAAAGCAAGAUGCCCUCCAGCAAGCCAGAAGCCCAGCAGCUGGUGGGCUCUGUCUUGCCCACACCACCCCAAGCCAAACCUCCCAGCGAGCCAACCAAACCAGGGCUGCUGAAGGUACCGGUUCUGAAGACGGGUUUUCCUUGGUCCAAAGGUGUCAGAGAGGAGCCGUCCUCUGAGCUCAGCCACCCUGCCGUGCUGGGGCAGGAGGAAGAGGAGAAAUGGCUGUCCCAAGAGAAGGACAGCAACCCAGCUUUGGGCCUCAACAACCUGCACAAAAAGCCAGCCACUGACAUCUACCCACACCUGCUGGGGGUGAAGGACGCCGCUUUUGCCCCCAGCAGCAUCCGGAAGACAGAGUUACCAGGGGUGACCUCUUUGGAGACAAGCAGCCCUCCAGGAAACGCCCUGAAGAGGAAGCUCACGGCCAAUGGGCUGGAUUUGAUAGGACCUGAAAGGCUAACGUCUGGAAAACUCAGCUACCAGAGCAGUGGUGCAAGGGCCAACCCUGGCCACAUCCCCAAGGUCUUGGACCACUGGCACGCAGAAGUCCUCGUGGGCUGGCCUGAGGAACCAGAGAGGGGCAAUGACACUGAAGUUCCUCUGUCUGCCAGUGCUGACCUGGACCAUGGCCUCUGCAAGCAGAGCAGACCCCAGGAGACUUCUGCCACUGUGACAGACUCUGAGACCACAACCGUGCUUAUCGAGGACCUCUCCAAAACCUUAGAGGAGUACCAAGAGGUGGAGAAGAAACUGUCUGAUCUGGCAAAGGAGGACACCCCUGGGCAAAAAGAGCUGAGGGACCAGCUGGUCAAAAUCCGAAGGGAGCUCUACCACAUCCACCAGGCACUGGAGAAAGCCACCAAGCCCCACGAAGGGCCUCUGGACCUCUCGGUGAAGAGGUCCUCUGAAGGUCUGGAGAAGGUCCAGCAGGCCAAGAAGGAGCCCUGCAACACGAGCCUGGGAAGCGAGAAGCUCCGUG